GCGCGGGCUCGCCCGGCCUCCCGGCGGCGCGACGGUCAUUGCACUCGCGCCGGGCUCUGCUGGCUGCAGCGGGAGCGGGACUCCAAGGCGGCGGCGCUGGAAUAGUGAACCAUGGAGCUGUAUUUUGGAGAAUAUCAGCACGUGCAGCAGGAGUACGGAGUCCAUCUGAGACUUGCAAGUGACGAAACCAAGAGGUCAAGGAAUUCCCAGCACCCCAAGGCGGGCUCCUAUGGUGUCAGCAUUAGGGUCCAGGGGAUAGACGGCCACCCCUACAUAGUCCUGAAUAACACGGAGCGGUGUUUAGCAGGCACAUCUUUCUCUGAAAAUGGGCCACCAUUCCCAUCUCCACCGAUAAACAACCUUCCUCUACAUUCCAGCAACAGUUCUGUGCUAACUGGGAACAGUACAGAAUUGCAGCUCCCAGAAAAUCCAUACGCCCAGCCCAGCCCUAUAAAAAACCCCAAACAGCCCUCUCUCCAUGAGGGCAAGAAUGGAGUUCUAGACGGCAAAGAUGGGCCAGUGAAGACAUCCCAUGUGCUGAACUUUCAGAGGCAUCCCGAGCUUUUGCAGCCUUACGACCCUGAAAAGAGUGAGUUGAACUUACAAAACCACCAACCUCCUGAGAGUAACUGGCUGAAAACUUUAACAGACGAAGGUACCAACAAUAAGAAGCCUUGGACUUGCUUUCCCAAACCCAGCAGUUCCCAGCCUACUGGCCUUCCCUUGGAAGACCUGACCAGGUCCAACGUGACGGCCAUUCGUCUGUGCAGCUCCGUGGUCAUCGAUGACCCCAAAAAGCAGACCUCGGUGUGUGUAAACGUUCAGAGCUGCACCAAGGAGGGCGUGGGAGAAGAGGCCCUUUCCCCUGGUGGGAGGCCCAUGCCCACCCACAGCCCACACGCCCACCCCGAAACCAAGAAAACCAGGCCCGAUAUUCUUCCCAUCCGGCGACAGGAUUCCGCCGGCCCGGUCUUGGACGGUGCUAGGUCCCGGAGGUCCUCCUCGUCAUCGGCCACCCCCACUUCAGCCACCUCUCUGUACAGGUUUCUACUGGACGAUCAGGAUUGCGCCAUCCAUGCUGACAAUGUCAAUCGCCAUGAAAAUAGAAGGUAUAUCCCCUUCCUGCCAGGAACCGGGCGGGAUAUUGAUACGGGAUCAAUUCCAGGCGUGGAUCAGUUAAUUGAAAAAUUUGAUCAAAAACCUGGGCUUCAGAGGAGGGGAAGGACGGGGAAGCGGAACAGAAUCAAUCCAGAUGACAGGAAGAGAUCCCGGAGUGUGGACAGCGCCUUUCCCUUUGGUCUCCAAGGGAACUCUGAGUACCUGACGGAAUUUAGUAGGAACUUGGGCAAGUCGAGCGAACACCUCCUGCGGCCGUCGCAGGUCUGCCCGCAGAGGGCGGCGUCUCAGGAGCAGCGCGCGAGGCAGAGCGCGGGCCGCGCAUGCGCGAAGCUGCCGGGAGCCGAGCCCUGCGCUCAGAGCGCCCUCCCCAGGCCGCCCCCACAGAGCAGAAGUGGGAAAGCUCCGGAAAGCACCUCGAUUCGUGCAUCCUCCCUCCCAGCGCAGAGUAAAAAGGAGGAGGAAAUAAAAACGGCCACUGCUACGCUGAUGUUACAGAAUCGGGCGGCAGCAACCUCAUCUGAUUCUGGUGCCAAGAAGAUUUCUGUGAAGACAUUUCCUUCCACCUCAAAUACUCAGGCCACACCAGAUCUCUUAAAGGGCCAGCAAGAGCUCACUCAGCAAACCAAUGAGGAGACGGCCAAGCAAAUUCUUUACAAUUACCUCAAAGAAGGAAGCACCGAUAAUGACGAUGCUACUAAAAGGAAAGUCAACCUGGUCUUUGAGAAAAUCCAGACUUUGAAAUCCCGGGCAGCAGGGAGUGCACAAGGAAAUAACCAAGUGUCUAAUUCAUCUGAAAUCAAAGAUCUACUGGAACAGAAAAACAAGUUGACGGUAGAAGUGGCUGAACUUCAGAGACAGCUUCAACUGGAAGUCAAGAAUCAGCAGAACAUCAAGGAAGAGAGAGAGAGAAUGAGAACGAACCUGGAAGUGCUCCGGAGCCAACAUGACUCGAAGGUGGAGGAGAACUCGGUGCUGCAGCAGCGGCUGGAGGAAAGUGAAGGGGAGCUGCGUAAGAACCUGGAGGAGCUGUUCCAGGUGAAGAUGGAACGGGAACAGCACCAGACUGAGAUCCGGGAUCUCCAGGACCAACUCUCAGAAAUGCACGAUGAACUGGACAGCGCUAAGCGAUCUGAGGACAGGGAGAAGGGGGCUCUGAUUGAGGAGCUCUUACAGGCAAAGCAGGAUCUUCAAGAUCUGCUGAUUGCCAAGGAGGAGCAAGAAGACCUCUUGAAAAAGAGGGAGCGGGAACUCACUGCCCUGAAGGGAGCCCUGAAAGAGGAGGUUUCCAGCCACGACCAGGAGAUGGACAGGCUGAAAGAGCAGUAUGACGCCGAGCUGCAGGCCCUGAGGGAGAGCGUGGAAGAGGCGACCAAGAAUGUUGAGGUCUUGGCCAGCCGGAGCAACACUUCAGAGCAAAACCAGGUGGGGGCUGAAAUGCGAGUGAAGGUUCUGCAGGAGGAGAAUGAAAAGCUCCAGGGAAGGAUCGCAGAGCUAGAGCGGAGAGUCGCUCAGCUUCAGAGGCGGAUUGAAGACAUGGAAGGCGACGAAGCCAAAGCAAAAGAAACGCUUGAGAAGAAGGAGGGAGAAAUACGACAAUUAGAAGACGCCCUCGUCCAUGCCAGAAAGGAAGAAAAAGAAGCUGCCUCAGCCAGAAGGGCCCUGGAGAGUGAGCUGGAGGAUGCCCAGAAGAAUCUGAUUCGGAUCACCCAGGAGCAGAAGCUGCUGUCGGAGAAGCUGAACGAUGAGACUGAGCAGAAGGAGCAGUUGAGAAGGCUGAAGAACGAGAUGGGGAGCGAGCGGUGGCACCUCGAUAAGACCAUCGAGAAGCUGCAGAAGGAGAUGGCCGACAUUGUUGAAGCCUCCCGCACAUCAACCCUGGAGCUGCAGAACCAGCUGGAUGAGUACAAGGAGAAAAACCGCAGGGAGCUUGCAGAAAUGCAAAGGCAGUUGAAGGAGAAAACCCUGGAGGCAGAAAAGUCCCGACUGACAAUGGUGAAAAUGCAGGAGGAGAUGCGUCUGAUGGAGGAAGAGUUACGGGACUACCAGCGAGCUCAGGAUGAAGCGCUUACGAAAAGGCAGCUUCUGGAGCAGACGCUAAAGGACCUGGAAUACGAGCUGGAGGCCAAGAGUCACCUCAAAGAUGACCGCGGCAGACUGGUCAAGCAGAUGGAGGACAAGGUUUCUCAACUGGAAAUAGAACUGGAAGAAGAAAGAAACAAUUCGGAUUUGCUGUCUGAGCGGAUCGCGAGAAGCAGGGAACAGAUGGAGCAGGUGAGGAGUGAGCUGCUUCAGGAGAAAGCUGUAAGGCAAGACCUGGAGUGUGACAAGAUCUCCCUGGAGCGACAGAACAAGGACUUAAAGAGCCGCAUUGUCCACCUGGAAGGUUCCUACAGAUCCAGCAAAGAGGGGCUGGUGGUGCAGAUGGAGGCCAGGAUUGCAGAGCUCGAGGACCGUCUGGAGAGCGAGGAGAGGGACCGGACCAACCUCCAGCUCAACAACCGGCGGCUGGAGCGGAAAGUGAAGGAGCUGCUGAUGCAGGUGGACGACGAGCACCUGUCGCUGACUGAUCAGAAGGACCAGCUGAGCUUGCGCCUGAAAGCAAUGAAGCGGCAGGUGGAGGAGGCGGAGGAGGAAAUCGACAGACUGGAAAGUUCUAAGAAGAAGCUGCAGAGGGAGCUGGAGGAGCAGAUGGAUGUGAAUGAGCAGCUGCAGGGGCAGCUCAACUCCAUGAAAAAGGGCUUGAGACUCAAGAAGCUGCCUAGUAAAGUGCUGGAUGACAUGGAUGAUGACGAUGACCUCAGCACAGAUGGGGGGAGCCUUUAUGAGGCACCGCUGAACUACACUUUCCCCAAGGACAGCGCUGUCACCAGCCAGAUCUGAGCCCACUUCCACGGGCUGUUGAAGUGGCCGUUGCUCCUGGCAGGAGCUCUGCGGCCCCUGGGACAGGAGGCAGGAAAGCAAGCAUCCGGCUGCAGAGACCCGUCGCCACUGCCUCUUCACGCAGCUUCCCGGUUCCUCAGCGCCACGUUCUUCCAGCGUCUCUGAGUGGCGCUCAGACAGGGAGCUAAUGCAGUUUAAAACAUGGGAUGGCUGAGCACCUGAGCAAGGGGGCCGCUGCCCACUGGGCUGUUGGGAAACAUGCUUUGGGAGGUUGAAGCCCCCCAUCUGCACUGCUUCUCCUGCUUCCCCCAACCGACCCCCUGCCAAUAAAAAAGGGUUCAAAGGGCGAGUUGUUACUGAAUAGCCAUGGUAGCAGGGGCGGAAGUGCCAUAUAGGCUGUACGUGUUUUUAACCAGCCCGUCUCCUGACUGCUGCUGUUCCAUUUGCAGUGUUACAAAGGCUUUGUAGGGUGGCAAACCUCACACAUCUCUAUGGAGUAUCCUUUUUGAAAAUAUGAAGCUACUGGAUUUUAAGUAUUAAGGAGCAGAGGUGAGAGAGAAAGUAGAAUAAAGACACUUUGGAUAUGGGAGUUGGAGAGAAGGAAUUGUAGUGGUAAUGGACAGUUAAUGCUGAGGAUAGAAACGCAGAUGGUCUGGGCAAACAACUCUCUGGAGGGGGGUAAGGGUGGGGGUGUUGAAAACCAGAAGGUCACUUGUAUUUGUGGGCUAUAACUAUGGCCUUGGCUGCUUAUUUUAUCUAGAAUUUUAUAAUCUCUGAACCAUACUGAGACUGAUUCCUGGUCAUCAAUUGUAAUUCCUUUACACGGGUGGGUUGGGGAGGCUUGUCAGUAAGGUUUGUAACAAAUGCUGCAGUUUCUGGAAGGACAGGGACCUCUGGUUACAUCUCACUGACCUUCUCCUCCCACUGUGGGCCUCCUUGCUGUGUCCCCGGGGCCCCAGGUGAGGUGGCAGCAAGAUGGGGGACUGGGAGGGUGGGGGUGACAGUGGUGAAGGUCAUAAGCUCGGGUGUAAGGACGAGGCAGGUCAUGGGGGAAGGGAGAAGAGAGAGCAGAUGGACAGGUGGAUGAGAAGGCAGCCAGAGAAGUUCUUAAAAGCUGGGGGAUGUGCAGGCAAGAGGGGGAUUAGGCGGGAUCUCAGGUUUAUGUCAAGGAAGGGAGGAAAGAGACAUCAGGCAGAGGUGUGUGUGCAAACUGGAGGACUCCUUCCAGCUUCUGGGGAAAAAGGGAUGUCACCAGCAAUGGCAAUAUGACUGGGAAUGGGUGGUCUGGGGACAAGGCCAGGUAGCUGGGGCAAAAUCACAAGGGCCAGGGCAUUGGGAAAGUGCAGGGUAUCCUGGCAUUUCUUCCUGGCCUUCCCGUGUCAUCUUGUACCAGGACAGUCCCCAGGAAUGGCCACAGGCCAGGUCCAGUCACAGCUGGGCCUCCACAGGUCAGGGGAGGGGCAGGCAGCUUGGUAGGGAAGUAGCCAGAGAGGGGACCCUGUGGGUUGGUUCUAUAUUUGGGGCAGAGGUGGCAGUGUUCAGCUGUGUCACAGUGACCCCAAGCAUCCCAAUAGAUGGGAGGCCUGUGGACCAGAGUGCUCCAUGACAGUUGCUGGUCCCACCUACCCUGGGUCACGGAACCCACCCAGCAGGAUGCAGAGAGGUCAGCCGAGGUUGGGGUGGGCUGUUUAAGUCUGGAGCUGGAAAGCCAAACCCUCUUCCACCUCUGCUGGGGUCAUCCUUUCCAUAGGUGAGGGUGAUUCUUGCCUCUGCUUCCUCAUUUGAGGUGUGGAGAGAUUCCUCCUCCCUUUAGCCAUUUAUUCAUUUAGCAAAUAUUUUUUGGUCACCUGUGAUGUAUCAGGCACAGCCCUUGGCACCGGGAAUGCAGCAGUGGUAAGACAGGUGACAAUGCUGCCCCUCUGGGAGCUGUAUCUAAGGAAAGGGGCUGAUAGAUAACAGUCAAACACACCGGCACGAGGCCGCACGCCUCUGCCCUCUCGUGGACACGACAAGCCUGGCUCACUGGAACUGAGAUUCUUUGACCCCCAAUGUGUUUAUUCAGCCUCUGCUUCCACCAUCACUAGAUAUUUGCCAAUAAGCCUGCCUAGAAAUGCCUGAGGCCCACUCCCAGCCAGGGAUGUGUGACACGAUCAGUCUGCAGCCCCAGGACGUUUGGGAUGAGUGUCUGCUGUGUGAGAAGGUAACUCGCCCCUCUUUGGGGGCAGUUCUUCUGGUGGCUGUGACGUUAGCAAUAAGAAGCAGAACUGCCUAUGCCGAGAGAAGAGAGGUUACCACUGAAAACUCCUGUGUCGUUACCCUAAAAAUAGGCUGUUACAAAUUCUAACAGUUGUGCUAUUCUGCACUGCAAUGGAGGCAGCAGCGAGCUGGAUCCCUGCAGUACAGCAGGCCGAAAGAACACUGGCGUGGAAGCCUAGAGAGGGGUUUCCAAGUCCCUACUCAUCUCCCCUGCCCGGUGACCUGGACAGGGUGCUCCUGCUCAGAGCCAUGGGAGACAAGGUGAGGAUUACGGCCUGGGGUCCUUCCCAGGUCUAACAUGCUAUCGUUCUUUGAUUUUAUUGCAUGUAUUAUACAUUUGUUUCCUUUUUAUUGCUUUAAGAACUAACCCUGCUCAAGAGUAUUUUCUUUAGUUAGCUUAAAAAGAAAAAAAUUAUGUAAAAACACACGUGGCCAAAUGCAAUGCUGAGAAGACAAUCUUCUUGUAUCUUUUAUUAUUUCUUCCCCUGCUUCUGAGUGUCGUUCUCCAAUGCCGGUUGGCUUAUUCUGUUGGGUUUCUGCUUUGGGGUAUGGUUGGUGGCUUUGUGUUGCCAUGGGGCAGAGACAUUCCUGUUGCACCUACCUCCAUGGAAGUGAGUUCCUGGAUAGAGUAAGAUUUGCUUUCAAUAAAUGAUGUCACCCAAUGA